GCACGGUAAUAUUCCGAGCAUGCGCAUUAGGAAAGAGGUCAAGGGUUACAGCCAACAUGGCGUACGAAGUGCCUGUGAAAGUGUGAGUUUGGCCAGUUUUUCGACAACUAUACUUUCUGUAAGCGUCAGAAUAAGUGCAUUGUCAGACAUGGGAGAAAAGACUGUUUGCGAGGAACAUUAUGGCUCGGAAAGCCUGCAGCAACGCUACACUCGAUUGGAUGAUGGUACCAUUGUGAAGCGGUCCAUCGGUGGCCAGAGGUUCUCUUCGCUUGUACAGUUCUUCAGGUCAGUGUUCCUUCCUCAAGGCUACCCUGAGAGUGUCAGUGAUGACUACCUGUCAUACCAAAUAUGGGAUACAGUACAGGCCUUCUGUAGCAGUAUCACAGGUACCUUGGCUACACAGGCUGUACUGAAGGGGGUGGGAGUAGGAGAUGAAACAGCCACGGCUGCGGGAGCUACCAUCACAUGGAUCCUCAAGGAUGGUACGGGAAUGCUAGGAAGGAUUCUGUUUGCUUGGCUCCAGGGGACAAGCCUAGACUGUGAUGCCAAAAGAUGGAGGUUGUUUGCAGAUAUUGUCAAUGAUUUCUCCAUCUUCCUGGAGUUGGUGGCCCCAGCUUUCCCCUUGUUCUUCACUGGUAUUGUGUGUGUGGCUGGAGUUGGCAAGGCCAUCGUUGGCGUGUCUGGUGGUGCGACCAGAGCGGCGCUCACCAUGCACCAGGCACGGAGAGACAACAUGGCGGACGUGUCCGCGAAGGACGGAAGUCAGGAGACCCUGGUGAACCUAAUGGCACUGUUAGCAGGACUAGUGGUCACCCCUAUGGUAGCAGAUAAUCCACUGUUGACCUGGUUCCUGUUCUUUGUGUUCACCUGUCUGCACCUGUUUGCCAACUACAACGCCGUCACCUGCGUCGUCAUGGAGACCCUGAACCAGUCCCGCCUGCACAUCCUGGUGUCACAUUACCUGCGGACGGGCGUGGUCCUAAACCCCGCCCAGGCUAACGUACAAGAGCCUGUGGUGUUUGCUCAGAAAAAGUCCACCAGAAUAAAGCUGGGAUCACCAAUGAGUUCUAUAAUACAGAGGGCGACAGAUUUGGACAGUGCCAUUCACAGUAACUCUGAGGGGAGGUACCUUCUUGGCAUGCCCACUUUAACAGACAUCAACAUAGUUCUGCACCAGGAAUCAUCCCACCUAGACUUCAUAAAAAGCUGUUUCCAAGCAGAAAUAAUUGACUAUGUUAUAGAACACAGGUUCUCCAAACUCCAGGUUCAUUCCAGUGUCCCAUGCUAUGACAACCAGGCCCACUCUCUCAUUCCUAGUGACAAAGCAUUCCAGUCCAUGGUGGAACAAGCCAACCACAAAGCAUUGUGGGAGCUGGUGGACUCUUCCCAUGAGGUGGCAGCACAAGUCUUCCCAUCAUUCCAUGCAGGUCUGGCGCACGCCGGUUGGACGACUCACCGCACGCAGCUCGGACCUGACGAGUGGAGGGCAUCCUGGGAUAUCCACGGUCUCUCUGACAAAAAGUCUUACUAGUAGCAUUCAAAAGAUGUUAUAUAUUUUAUUCAUUUCAUUUCGUAGAUGGAAUGUAAUUUAUCUAAACUCACUGUACUGAAUGAGGAAUUAUUCUAACCAUAGAGGUAGAGCAUUUGAAAUUAAGUUUCUAAUCAUACAUUACAAUACAUUCGGAAAUUUCCAAACACAUUAUAUUACAUUCAACUUGGAAUAUCCACUUCUUCGAACAAAGUUUACUAGAAUGACAUGUAGUAUUCUAGCCAUACUUUCCACCUGUACCUUAUAUUAGAAGCACUUACUUCUGAAAAGCUCACUGAUAUGAUAUUUUAUUUCUGAUCAUCAAAAGUAUAAAGAAUUUGUCAAAUUCCUAGUAUCAUAUCAUAUCAUAAAAUUUCAAUAUUUAAUUCUCACAAUAUUGAUAACAAGCAAAGUAAUCUAUAAUAUACUCUGUACUAUUCAGUUAUCAACUUAUAGUGUUUAUUGCAGAGCAGAUGAAAGGAAUAAGUGCCUUUACUCCUUAAUUACCUUUACACACAACAGUAUAUUGGCCUGAACAUUUGCCAAUAUAUAUGUUUUGCUAAUGAUGAUGAUCAUAAUUUCUGUAGAACCACCAAAUGUACUCAGUCUGGUAGCAACACUUGUCAAAACCAUUACACUCAAAUUUUUAUUUCAGUAUAAUAAAUUGCACAAUAGAUU